AUGACAAAACAUAUUGACAAGAAAACUUUCCAUUGUGGUAUUUGUGGAAUAGGUUUUGAGAGGACAAGAACACUUUGUAAUAACAUAAAAGUACAUAUGCCUGAGAAACCCUACGAAUGUGAUGUUUGUGGAAAAUGUUUUUCAAAACUGUCACGUCACACCUAUCAUAAAAGAAUACAUAUGAAAGAAAAACCAUUCAAAUGUGAUGUUUGUAAAAAGAAAUUUACUACUGCGUAUGAUUUUAAAGUUCACAUCAGAAUUCACACUGGAGAAAAACCUUACAAAUGUGAUGUGUGUGAUAAAUGUUUUUCUACAUCAAGUCAAUAUAAACUUCACGCGAGAAAACAUACUGGAGAGAAACCACACAAAUGUGAAGUUUGUUUCAAGAGUUUUAGUGCACCAGGAAAUCUUAUAGUUCACAUGAGAAUGCAUACUGGAGAAAAACCUUACAAAUGUGAUGUUUGUGAAAAGUGUUUUACACUGUCUACUAAACUUAAGAUUCACAUAAGAACACAUACACACGAAAAGCCUUAUCUAUGUGAAGAUUGUGGAAAAUGUUUUAUAACGAUAUCAAAGCAUAACAUUCACAUGAGAUCUCAUACUGGAGACAAACCCUACAAAUGUGAUGUUUGUCGAAAAUCUUUUAUUACUGCAUCGCAUCGUAAAGUUCACAUGAGAAUACAUACCGGAGAGAAACCAUAUAAAUGUGAUGUUUGUGAAAUGAGUUUCUCACAUUCUUUGGGCAUAAAAUUGCAUACUAAAACACAUUUGAAAAAAUCAUAG